AUGUCGCCACCGUACACCUCAAUUACCGCUAAACGUCCUACAUGCUUAGGAUGGGCCGAUGGUGCGGCAGUCCCGUCUCUCGCGGGUACAAAUUUGUUUGUUUUUUUCUUAAGUUAUUCCCGUUUCCUUCUUUGCAGUCUUAUUUACGUAUAUGUCUGCGUGUUAACUUGUUGUUGUUGUUGUUAUGGCUUUUUCUCAGUGAAAGCGAAGGAACGAGAAGCAAUAGCACACAGAGAAAAUAUAUAUAUAUAUAUAUAUACAAGAAACAAAAGGUCCAUCGAUAAAAAUAUAAGGAGAAAAAAAAAGGAAGCUUUAAAAAAGAUGGCUAUUUCGGAAAAGAAGUGUCUUUUUAUUCGUGUGGCAUUGUAUUUGCUCUUCAUUGCGGCAUACGCGGCGGGUGUUGUUGUAUUUAUAAUAAGAUUCAGUAAUUAUUGGGCGGCGGCUGGCUUUUUU